AUGAUUCUAAGGUUUUUAUUUCUUCUUUCGUCAGUGCCUUUUUGCUACGGGUUGUCAUGCUAUCACUGUGGAGUGUUCCUGAAUGCCCCAUCACCUCAAUGUCGUGGUGCUCCAAAGAAUAUCUCUUGUGAUCCAGAUCAUUAUGGUUGCCUCAAGAUAACUGCCGACCGAGAGGACGGCACCUAUUACGUGGAGAAGCGAUGCGCAGAGAAGAACGACGAUCACACCGUCGGCUGCAAAGAAAUCACUGUGCAAGGGAUCAAGGCACAACAAUGCUUUCUGUGA